AUGUGGGAAAACUGCUUCCUUGCUAGCAGAUCCAACACAUACAUAAAAGGCCCACUCGAGCAAGACAGCGGAAGUUGUUUCAAGCUGGAAGAACUGAAAGAACAUGUUCAGCAGCUCUUGAAAAUAAAGGAAGAAAGAUUGGAAGAGUUUCUUAAAUUGAGGAGAGAAAUCAGAUGGUAUAAUAAAGAAAUGGGGCAUAUACCGGAUGGGACGUUGGAAAAGGAUAUAUUAAGUGAUGAAGAAGAAUGUAUUUGCCUCACAAAGAAGAAGCUUGAGGAUCUGCAACUGCUUGUUCAUCAGUUGCAGGCCAAGAAAGACUUUCUGAUUGCCAGCAAGGAGGAUCUGGUGAAAGAGGUGCAACUUUUGUGGGACCAACUUCAAUGGCCAGGAGAAAAGCAAGAGCAGCUCACAAAAAUGACAAGCAAAUGUUCCAUCACUGAAGCAGUAAAGAUGUGGGAAGAGGAGUUGUUUAACCUGGAAGAGCUGAAGAAAGAGAGUUUAAAAGAAAUUACUUUGAAAGUCAGGCAAGAGCUUGAGAAUUAUUGGAAAAAACGUUUUUAUGCUGAUGAACAAAGAUCUACAUUUCAGGCCUUUUAUAAUGACAAUUUCUCAGAAGUACUGCUGAAUCAACAUGAUGAAGAACUUCUGAAAAUGAAAGAUGUUUAUGAGAAAAGCAAGCAUAUAUAUGACAGUGUUCACAAAUGGGAAGCAAUCUGGAAUCGAUUUAUUGAACUGGAGAAAAAAUCAACAGAUCCAAGUAGACUUCUAAACAGAGGGGGUAACUUACUCAAAGAUGAAAGGGAAAGAUCAAAGAUUCAAAAUAAAUUGUUAAAGUUGGGAGAAGAACUGACGAAAAGUAUUGCAAACUGGGAGAAGGAAAAUGACUCGUGCUUCCUUAUUAAUAACCAGAGGUUUCUGGACUCCAUGGCCCAUCAACUGGAACAUCACAAAGUUAAAGAAGACCAACCUAAAUUUUCAUUGAGGAUGAAUGAAUCUGCAACUCCCAAAAGAGCUGUUAAAAGACCUGCAGCCGUGAACACUCCAACUCCUAGCAAGAUGCGCAAGAUAGCCUCUAACCUAACUGUACUGAAAGCAACCAGCUGCAUUAACAUAGGAGCGAACGUUGCUGUUGCUGGUAAACAGCCAGUUCAAACAAAGAAAUAACUUUCUGUGCAAAGCAGCAACAGCAGGAUUCUCAGUUCUACAUUCAAGGAGAAUUUAAAUGAAUGAGCCCAUAAAGAUUUCAGCUGAUACAAGGCUCAUU